CGUCGUGUCGCCUCAUUUACGUUCCGAUCACGACGCGGUAACGAUGGGUUCCCACAUUAUUUUCUUAAUAGCCGUCAUCGUAUAUUGCAGCGAGAUACACAGUAACGCUCUUCCGACUUCCGUCGCCAAACCCGAAGACACCGUUCUCGCGGAGACACGCGACAGUCAGGUAACCGAAAAGAGAUUUUUGUGGGAAAAUCUCGAUCCGUCAUCGCGACGCCAACCGAUAAAAAAACCUACGAAGAUAGAAGAAUCGAACAGUCCGAAUAACGCGAGCGGUGAAAUGCGCUCGAGAAAGUCACGAUUUCUGAACAGUCUGGCCUUCCUGGCUGGUCUCAGCUUCGGAGGACUGGCCACCGCGGCAUCGUCCACCGUGAAAUCCAUCGCCAAGCUUCCGUCUCAAGCGUCUUUGAGUUUGAAUCUAAACGACGCCAAAACCUCGCCUUACAUCGCCGCUUAUUACAGUCCCGUGCUACCUUAUCCCUUUAUCUAUCCCAGUUCUUUUAAAAUCGUGCCGGUGAUCGAUCCCACGAGGCCCCAAGCGAAUUUGCCCAACGAUCUAACGGCGCAAGUGAUCAGUGUAUUCGAUCAACAGCCGAACGACCUCGCCGGGAGCAAUGAGGACUACGCGAAUGAGGGAAAAGAACCCGAAAACAGAGCCGACGUUAUAUCGCAAGCUGAAGCCGAUCGGAACGCGGAAGAGAAGACGAUGAUACGCGGCUGCAAAGGGAGCCAACGGAAAUAUGACAGCUCCUCCAAAGGAUCGAGCAGAGAACGUGAGAAUUUUCACGUGGACGCGGACAGCUCGCGAGCGCUUUUCAAUUUUAAAGUCAAGGCGAACAUGACCGACGGCAAUGCGAAUCAGACCGCAAACACAACUACGCCUGCGACAACAAAUCUGGUUGGAAACAACUCGCAAAAUGUGACCUAUUAUCCUCCUUACUUUCCUUUCCCGGGAUAUUUCGGCGGUUAUCCGCAAAACGUAAACCACGUGGAUCUCACAACGAAUCCGAGCGCGUAUCACUACGGUUACGACCAGAUCAAUUAUAACCCGUCUCACGAGCAGACUCAUUUUUAUCACGACGACAGAUACAAUGUUCAUUCAUCAAGUUCGCACUUGCCCGGACCGUACUCGUUCGGUCAGACGAACGAAUACGUAGACGCGAACUUCGACCGAUUGUAUCACUCGGAAUAUCAGUCGCCGACGUAUAGCGACGGUUUCCAACCCGUAAAAUAAGUUUAUCUAUCAUUUUCAUACAAGAAAAAAAAAUUAAUUCCAUUAAAUUUUAUCGAAUACUGCAAAAUAGGUCGUGUCUGACGAUUCUCUUACCAAGAACCCUUUUGUUGCUCUGUUCAAUUAUAUUAACAUCCACACAAGAAACGGUUUAGAAUUAAUUAAUUUCAAUGUAAAGGUUGGGGGGAUGUGUGUGCGUGUUUACAUUUUUAUAAGAUUGUAAUUCUUAUUAUGUAUAUUGCUUAUAUGUUUUUUGAAGUUUCUUAUAAAUACACGAAUGUUUUUAUAAUUUUC